GCAUCCUUUACCUGAAAAACUUUCACACAAACAGCAGAGAUGAUGAGAAUCGGUGCAGAAAUGAAGAUGCUGGCGGUUGUUGGGGUUUUAAUCUUCAUGGUUGGUGUGAGCGACAGCUUGAUUCUGACUAAAUGUGGACUGAAGCAAGAGCUGGAGGCAUCUGGCCUUACUUUACCUCAGGAUGUGCUGAACCAAACCACCGCAGACAUGCUGGCAAAAAUUGUGUGUCAUGUCAAUCUGACCUCUGGUUUCAACACCAGCGCGAUUAAACAGAUCGCAAAUCCAAACAACUGCACCAAUUCACAGUCCAGUAAUCAGGGGAGUCGUAGGGGCAGGUCUGCUCACAUUGGAAAACGUCACACAUCCGGUAAGGGCAAAGCAUCAUCUGAAGAAGAUUCAGCCAGCGUUGAGAAGCAUGGUGAUGGUUGUACGAAACUGUGGAUGCUGUACGGCCUGUUUCAGCUUAGUGACACUGUGGCGUGCAGCUCAACUCGCGCUCCCUCCCUGAACCUUUGCAGACUGAGUUGCAGCAAGCUGAUUGACAGUGACAUCAAAGAUGACCUGGCCUGUUUUCAGGUCAUGAUAAAUAAAAUAACGGCAGUCGUCCCCGAUCAGAAAGUGGCUGCCGUCAUUAACGAAAUGAUUGCCCUGAUCUACCAGAAAGAGUGUGUCGACGUGGUGGCUUCUUCAUAUUUUGCAGACUGCUAAAAACUUUUACCAACUUCAACCAUCCCAACCAGGACAUGUAUCUGAUACCCAUACUUAAUGUGUUUUAUAGAUCAUUAAAAACAUUUAAAUGCAGUGCUAUGCCUAAUGAAUCUUUUUGAAGUGUGCAUGUGUGUCAAUAUGUUUGGACGUUUCUCACUGCAUGCUAGGUUUAGAAGAUAGUAUGAAGUAUGCAGCAGGCAGUGCAAUUUCGACAUACUAUAGUUUAUGUGCUAGAGGGCGCUAAUACUUCAAAAACUACUGAUGUAGGGUACAGAUUGUGGCUUAAUAUUGCGUGACUAAUAUGCUAUUACAGAAUGGUUUAAUGGUUAUAAUGGGAAAGGUUUUGGGUUUAAUAGUAAUUUUCCAUAUCCGGCUGUAGCCUGCGGCGGUGGCAUUUGUAGGCUGCAUCAUCAAGACUGUAUUAUUUCAGAAUAUUAAUAAUUAUAAAGUUGACUAUUACUAUUGGUUAAUCAUAAAUUGUUGUAAUAAU